AUGUCGGAUGGUCUCGUACAACGGCGAAGAAAUCCAGCAUCUACUACAAAAUUCGUUGAAGGUUACACAUCAUUUUGGAAUGAUUGUAUAAGUAGCGGUCUUCGCGGAUGUAUUUUAAUAGAAUUGGCUUUGAGGAAUCGAAUCGAACUUGAAAAAGUUGGAAUGCGAAAAAGAGGUCUUCUCUCGCGCAAGGUACUUUUAAAAAGUGAACAACCUACUGGUGAUGUGAUAUUAGAUGAAGCAUUAAAACAUAUCAGAGAAACAAAACCACCGGAAACCAUUACCAGCUGGAUUGAAUAUUUAAGUGGGGAAACGUGGAACCCACUGAAAUUACGUUACCAGCUUCGCAAUGUGCGUGAGCGAUUAGCAAAAAAUUUAGUGGAAAAAGGUGUUCUCACAACAGAAAAACAAAAUUUUCUGAUUUUCGAUAUGACUACCCAUCCACUUCAUGAUGGUAAUACGAAACAAAAACUUAUCAAGCAAUUACAAGAGGCUGUACUAUCACGCUGGACAAAUGAUGUUCAACGGAUGGAUAAGAGAAUGCUUUCACUUGUUAUAUUAGCGCAUGCUAGUGAUGUUCUUGAAAAUGCAUUCGCACCACUUUCUGAUCAAGAUUAUGAAGUAGCGAUGAAACGAGCGCGAUUUCUUCUCGAACUUGAUUUUGCUAAUGAGAGUAAUAAAAAAGGAAACGCUUCAAACGAUGUUAUGUGGGGAGUAUUCGAAGCAUUCAGCAAAUAA